UGAAUGAUGUUUGGGCUUGGAACAGGGGAAUAAGUUGAGUUUAAUAUCAAAUCAAAUGGCUUAUUUUGAGGCCUCUAUUUGUAAGAUUUGUAUACAAAUUUGUAUAUUGGGUUUUAAUGUGGCCAGCCCAAAAAGUAACACAUGAAGCCCAAAUAAUGAGUAAUAUACAAUAUCUAAAAUGCUAAUAAAUAAUAAUAUCCAACUAUCAACGUCGAACUCUAACAUUUUAAUGUUAAAUCUAAAACGAAAUUCAGAUUUUUAGAUGUUUUUUAAAGACCAGAAAAUUUAACCUAAAACAUUAUUUAUAGAAAAUUUACGGAGUCACCAGAAAUUCGCUGUUGAAAAGAUUUCUGUCUAAAUUUCACAUAAUUAAACCACCAAUCCAAUGCAAUGUUAAUUGUAGUAGUAAUAAUAUAAUACGAAAUUUUGGUACGCUUUACGAAGCAAAACCAAAAUCUCGAAAUCUCACGAAAAGCCCGCAUUUUUCUUCAAAUCUUUUAAAAAAAAUUAACAAUAACCCAAUUGGGUAACUCAUUUCUCGUCCGAUCCAGGUUACUUUCUUCGACAACUGCUUCGGGGUUCUUCAAUCCUGAUGCUGUUGAAACGGGAGAAAAAGAAAGAAGGAAAUUUGUGAUAUUGAAACCAACCUAAAGUUACAAUUUCAGUUUCUUUACUUCUCGCCAUUUUGUUCAGUGACGACAUAAAUAUUUGCCUUCAGGAAAUUAUAAUGGAAAUGGUGGCUGAAGAUGAUGAGAAUUGGCCUUUCUGAUAGAUGAGGAAUGUUGUUGAAAAAAAAUUAGGAAAUGAGUCGAUCUCCUUCAUUUUCUGUGAAGCCGGAGCUUAGUUUGAAACCGGACCUGGAUUCUUUGCAACGAUGGGUUGUUGCCUUUUGUAUCAUUAGAUUUGAUCUUGAGCAAGGUCAGCUCAUAGAAGAGUGUUAUCCACCUGGUUUUCUAACUCAAGAAGAAGAACUUGAGGUUGCUUUUAGUUCCUUUCCAGAUUCUGUUUCCCAGCACCAGAAUCGCUCCAGCAUCCAUGAUUGCAUCUUCUUUUUUCGGUUUAGGAGGCAGAAAAAUUCUAAACAAGGUAAUGUGGCUUUGUCAGAAAUAACGGAAAGUGAUGAUAAAGAAACAACAUCAACAUCCAAAGAGGAGAAAGUGAUUAGGAGAUCAAGUAGUAGUGGUAUUAGUAAAGGUUCAAAAUACUUGUAUGGUUAUGUUUUCAAUAGGCAAAGGCAUGACGAGAGGCUAAAACGAGGUGGGGAACAAAAAUCUGUAGUAAUUUUGUCUCAUGGACCUUACUCUAGCGUGUUUAGACCUUUGUUACAAAUCAUGGGUCCUCUGUAUUUUGAUAUAGGAAAAAAGGCUAUUGAUCAUAUUGCUGGUUAUGUUUCCUUGUGGCCUACUCCUGUACCCGGUAAGCUAAUGGAGCUUCCAAUUGGUAAUGCAAUGCUCAAAGUGAACUUGCCACCUGCUCACAGCUUACCUUUGGAAAGUGGAAUAGCAUAUCAAGAAUCUGCUUCAUCCAUGGCUCCUUUUCUUCCCAAUAAUCAGUCAGUCCCACAAGGUUUGUUUCAUGAUUCAGAUCUUUUUGGAACAUUCAGAGGGCUUUUAUUACAACUUUGGUUAUUGUGGGAGUUGUUACUCAUCGGUGAGCCAAUUCUUAUCAUAGCACCAACACCUCCACAGUGCUCCGAGGCUGUUGCAAGUCUUGUCAGUUUAGUUGCACCUCUGCUUUGUAGCGUUGACUUUAGGCCAUAUUUUACCAUCCAUGAUCCUGAAUUUGCUCAACUGAACUCACUUCAAGAAGGGGACAAAUAUCCACCUAUGGUUUUGGGUGUUACAAAUCUUUUUUUCCUUAAAGCUCUUCGUAGUAUACCCCACAUUGUGUCAGUUGGAAGCCCUGCACCUAAUUCAAGUCGGGUUGCCCUUGCAAGUAGGUCCACUGGAAGAAUUCCUGGUAAACCAGAAGGAUUUGGUCUUCAACAACUUGCCUUGAAGAAGUUCUCUCCUUCUAGUUUGUUGAAUGCUGUGAAGCUGAGGAGAGAUGGUCCUCUCUGUCUCAUGACAGAACAUAAGGAGGCCAUUUGGAGUGCUUAUGCUGCAACUACAAAGCCUGACACUUCUAUCUUAAAUAGGCUUAUUGAUGCUGGGAUGUCACCAAGGGUUGAGGAAUCUAUGUCUGUUGUUAAUAAUGAGAUACUACGUCGACAUUUCCUGGAGCUCACUACCAACUUUUUGGCUCCUUUUGGACCAUAUUUAAGGGCUACCACUCCUCCUGAAGGAUCUUCGCCAUUUGGUGAUCCCCCUCCUCUUCCUCCAUUUAAUGCUGAUGAAUUCCUUAUGAGCUUAUCAGCAAGAGGCGUGGGAAAGUUUCUCUCGAAACGUAUGAGAUCUAACUGGCUGGAUCUUUAUAGGCGUUUUCUUAAAGGACCCAACUUUAUGCCAUGGUUUCAAAGACGACAUGCUGUUGCAGAAAAUGAACAACAUAGAUUAUGGAGGCAAGCAAGAAUGAAGACUGACACACAUCACCUUAUAUCUAAAAUGCCUGAACUGGAAGUUGUUGACUGUUUCAAUGCUAUUGAGAGACAUCUACUUUCAGAAAUACAGUUGCAACAAUCUGGAAGGGCUUUAGCAGACUCUACAGCAAUGUGCCAGAAACUGAAGGGUGAUCUACAGGCAGUGUUCAAUGUACUUCCGAAGGACAUGCAGCAGCUUCUACUAUUAAACCCCCAGAGGGCAGCUCUUCUACAGGGAACUUCAAGUCUGGAAUUGACAAAACUUCCUGGCCGCCCUUUGAUACAAGUUGGGGUUUUAUCCUCCAAUUUGCCCAAAUAA